UAGAUUAGUAUAAAUAACUUGGCUGAGCACCAGAGUCAAGCUUUGCUAAGGGCAAUGGUUACCAUGGGUCUUAUAUUAGUCUACAAGUUAUCAGUCACUUCAUAGGCUCUGGAUAAUGCCAGAUGACAUUUGCCAGCUGUGACAGGCCUUGCUUCCCCCUAGGACAGGUAGGCCCUGUCCCUCCUAGCAAGGUGUGUUCUCCACACCCUCUCUGAAGCUCAGCUGAGGCCAGGUUAAUCUGGGUUCAGACUCUCAGGACCUUGCUUGAAGUAAGAAGCAAAGCAAAGCACAGCCAAGCAGGAGGAUGAGAGAGGAGGACCUGGCCUGCUCAGCACAUCGACGCAGGUAUCUGCUGACUCUGGCUACCAGUCUUUUACUCAGCUAUGGGCCAGCCUCAGCGUUCCAAGAGCCACGUAGUUCUAGUGGAUCCAUGUCUUCAGCGGUCAGACCAAUACCCAAGACAAGCACAAGAAGGUUGGACACAAGCACAACAAUGACUGUUUCAACUUUACAUUGGGGAAGUAGCACGCCUUCAAAGCUGGCCACUCUGAAAGGCACAAGAAACUCAAAGAAAGCAGUGAACAUCAUGAAUGUUACCAGUUCUACUAACAAUGUACCGACUGAGUCAAUCUUACUUAAAACAACAUUGUCCACAAUGAUCCCUGAAACAACAGGGAAGAGCACUGGUUCUCCUUCAAUCACUACAUCUAAUUUUACCAAGACUGAGACACAUAAUGGAGCUGUAUUAAGUAAUACUCUUCUUUCAGACACAUCUACCACUGUAACUAUGGCAGAAACUAACAUAACUAAGAUGAUUUCUACCACAGAACAUACUCCUAAUCUUACUGAAGUGCCCUUUACUAAUUCUGUUCUUGUAUCCAGAACAGAAUCUACAACUAACAGCAUUUCCUAUCCAACCACUAACCAGCCAAUCAAAGCAGAAGAAACCUCUACUGGAAUGCCUGCUGGGCUCCCAAACUCCAUAAUCAGCAGAGAAAUUACCACUAGUCAGAUAGAACAUUUUGUAGUGAACCCAAACAUGGUUGUAUCUCAAGGUACACCAGAAACUACCUCAGGGUCAGGCAUGCACUCCAGUGUCUCUCAGAAUUAUUCUCUGUUAGAGACAUCCACUAUUCUCAGCAAAAGUUAUGAAGCCCCAUCCAGGACAAAUUCAUCACCACUGGAAGGAAUCAGCUCUGAAAAUUCCUGGAAAACUACAGUCAGAACAAGUUCUUCAUUACCUAUUAGUUUCACAUCACAAAGACAUCUACCCAUUAUCCAUCACACUACCAAACAAGGUUGGACCACAGCUCAGAUACAAUCUAGCAUACUUGAAGAAAUGGAGUUAAUCACAGAGUACAGUCCUAACCAUACUGAAGUGCCCUUGAAUCUUUCUUUUCUUGAACCUUCAACAAAAGACAUGUCUACUGGGAAUGCAUCUUUUACAAUACUACCAGAGUCAAUACCAGAAGAUACUUCUUUUGGAAUCACCAUUGGUAUUCCUUCCAGUAUCACUGCAAAAUUACAACAGUUAACAUAUAGUCACACUGGACAUUCUGUUGUGACAUCAAGCAUGGUGACUUCUGAAAACCCAUCAGCCUCUGCCUCAAUCAAUGUUACUAACUCCAGUAGGGUACAUACAUUUUCACAUCCAGAAACCAUGGGUCCUCCCAAAAAUAAUGCUUCAGGACCACAAACACAUAAUCCUUGGGAAGAAUCUGUGUUUGCAGAUUCUAUACCAAUGCCACAUGAGUCACAAUCACCUUCUGCUAUUUCUUCCCUGAUAGAUACACACAAUACAUCAUCUACUGCUUCUAGGGCCUAUGUCAUCACAGUUUCUAAGGACAUAAUCCCAACAGACUUGCCCACAAGCUCAGAACCUGUGAUUUCCUCAGUCCAAAACUUGAAUAGCAGUCCUCAGAAAAGUUUCAAUAUUGCACAAGUGUCCAAAAUCUCACAGAUGAUCACUGUUCCCUCAGUCUCAAAAGGAAACAAGAAAAAUGGAAGCUCAACACCCGAACUCAAACAUACCAUUACCCCUACACCAAUCUCAUCUGAACAUGAAUAUUUCACAAUUCUUGCCAGAUCAGAAGACACUACACUUUCAUCUCCACAGUCAAUUUCCUUUGCAACAGCAGAAAUUGGAAAACAGACAGCUUCCUCUUUGACCAAAGCAUGGAAAAAUUCCAGUAAAUCUGAAGACAUACAUUCAACCAAAGAAAACAGAACUAGCCAGACUAAUGUACCCACUACUCCUUCUCAUGUCACAUCUGUGACAAAAGGUAUAUAUGCUGGCAGAACAGUCCUUUCCAAGUUAUACCACUCAAUUUCAGAAGACACUCCCACUGCAGUCUCCACCAAGUACUCAAGAUCUACAACUACCACAGAAUCAGAAGAGACUGCAACCAGCCACAGGGAAUAUACUGUGGCGACAUCAAACAUGGUAACUUCCAAAGAUCUAUCAACCACUUCAAAUACAGAGACCCAACACAAUGGGACACGGACAUUUACACUUUCAGAAACCAUUGUUAAUUCUACCAAUAUCAACCCUGCAACAGCAUCAAGGACUCAUUCAGUUUGGGAAAGGUCCAUGUCUACAAAUUUGACAAGACCUGCAGAUGAGGCACUCUCACAUUCUCCAGUUCCUGCCAAAGCAGACAGAUACAGCACCACCUCUUCUGUUUCUGCCUCCAUUGUCACAAUUUCGAUGGACCCAAACCCUACUAGAUUAUAUAUGACCCCCAAAUCAGUGACCCCUUCCAUACCAAGCUCCAACAAUGCCCAACUCUCCAAAAUCCCACAGGCAACCUCUGUUUUCAUACUCACACCAGUGGAAGGCAUGAAAGAUAGCACUUACAAAUAUGCUAUCACACCUAUAUCAGUCUCACUUGAAAAGGAGUCUUUUCCAACUAUUCUGCCAACCAUGGAACAAGCCAGACCUUCACCUUCACAGUCAGUCUCAUCUGAAAGUAAAGAAAUUGAGACAGGUAUAUCUUUCCCCUUGAGGACAGCAUGGACAGAUUUCAGUACAUCUGAAGACAAAAACACAAUCACAGAAUACAGCACUAGUCAUACUGAACUUUCCACUAGCCCUUCUUCCUUUGAAUCUAAGACAGUACUCAUGUCUGCUGAAAAAAUAUCCCUUUCAGACUCUCUGUCAACAUCACAUGAUACUUCUACUGGAACCUCCAUUAGUCUCCCUACCUCCACCAUCAGUGCAGAAUCAGAAGAGAUAAAAAGCAGACCCAUGGGACACUCUCCAGUUAUCUCAGACAUUUUUACAUAUCCAGAUACAUCAAGCACUGUCUCAGUCAAGGGUACCCACUCCAGUGGGAAACAUACAUUUCCACAUUCAGAAUCCAUGACUGUUUUCAACAAUCCUGCUUCGGCAUCAUGGAAACUUACCCCUGGGAAAGGGUCCAUGUCUACAGAUUCCACAAAAACACAAGAGUCAGUUUCAUUGACCUCUGAUACUUACUUGUCACACACUCACAAUAGUCACUCUCCUGAAUCUGUUGUCUCUUUCUUCACAAUUUCUAAAGAUUCAAUGCCAACAGAUUCAUAUACAAGUUCAGGCCCUGUGGCUGUUUAUAUUCCAAGCUGGAGUAGCAUCUCUCAGUCAAGCUCCAACACUAUUCAUGCUUCCCAAAUGUCACAGGUGAAUCCAUUUUCCUCAGUCACACCAGGGUCCAACAUGGGAGCCAGCCAUUCUGUACCUGAAUUCCAAUACACCAUCACAUCUGUUUCAGUGCCAUUUGAAAAGAAAACUUUCCCCACUACACUGCCUACUACAGAAGUAUCCACACUUACAUCUACACAAUCAACAUCACCUGAAAAUACAAAUAUUGGCACACAGACAGUUGCCCUCCUGACCACAUUGACACAAGCUAACACACCUGAGAAGGUGCACUCAAGUACAGAUUUCAUGAGAAGUCCUUCUGAAGUACCUAAUAGUUCCUCUACUCCUGUAUCAAGUACAGUAUCCAUGUCUCCUAAUAACACAAUACUCCCAACACUUCAACAUUUUACAUCAGAACACACCAAGUUUGUAUCAGAAGAUAUGACCAGUGGAAUUUUCACCAAGUUUUAUGGCUCCAACACUAUCACAGAAUCAGAAGAAAUAUCUACCAGCCAGAGAAGGGAUUCUAAUGUGACCGCAAACAUUGCCCUUUCCCUAGAAACAUCAACCAUGUCAUCAGAGUCAGGCACUUUCAUGAGUUUCAGUCCAGCCCCCACAAUCACAGAACCAUCUACAUUUCUAAGCCAAAGUUAUGAAGUCCCAUCAAUUGCAAUUUUCUCAUCUCUAAAAGAAAGCCAACUUGACAAUUCUCCAGGAUAUCUUGAGGAAUCUUCUUUAACAUCCUCUUUUACUUCCACAGGAGAAAACAGCACCCCCUCUCCUAUUUCUGUUGUCUCCGUCUUUACCUCUUCUAAGGAUAAAAUCACAACUAGAUUGGAUAAACAGUUACAUAAUUUGUCUACUUCAUUUCAAAAUUGGACCACUAAUACACAUGCAAGCCAAGAGACUUCCCAGGUUACCAAAUUUUCACAGACAAGCUCUACUCCCUCUGUUAAAUCAGGAAUAAUUAUGGAAGUAAGCAGUUCUAUACCCCAAUCCAAAUCUUCUAUUUCAGAAUCCAUAAGAGCUGACAGAACCACUAUGAGAAGCAUAGUUUAUUCCUCACAAUCAAAAGAUGUCAUUCCUGGAAGCACCUCAAGACUCAUUACCUACCCUAGUACAGAAGAACACAUACAGUUAACCUCCAUCUUUGGAGCUGCUAACUCUGGCUCUUUACUAAAUGAUACCAUAUCCAGGGAUACUGCAACCACUGUUCCUAAGACUGAAUUUUCUUCACCUGAACCUCAAACAUCUCCACAUGUAUCCUGGAUAUCUGAAUCUAGCACUUUUGAAGAACAGUCACAAACAAGUUCUUUACCCAAGGAAAAACAUACUUCUGCAGAUCCCACGUCAACUAUGUUCAAGAAUUCCAGACUUUCACCUGUUACUUCUACAUCUCAAGGACAAAAUGUCUCCUCUCUUGAUUUUGUGGCUGCACUAGUAACUUCUAUUCAUGAGACAAUCUCAAAUGGAAAAGGUACAAGUGUAACUUCUGGGAGCACUUCAAUUCAAAGCCUGGAUACUAUAGGGCUUUCAACUCCAGGUUCUUCAUAUAACAUGAAAACCUUGCAGACAAGUCACAUUUCCUCAAAAAAUCUAGCAACAAGAGUAGAAACUGAUAUCCCUGAAAUGCAUCCCAAAGGCACUGUCCUAGUUAAUUCAGUUCCAUCAAGAAUAACUGAAAUUAUAAUCUCACAAAGCAAUUGGGAUACAACAAUUUCCCCAUCAAUGCCCUUAUCUAACCCUGCACAUGCAGAAACUCAGAAAGCUCUCCCCACAACUUCAAUAGAACAGGAAACUACCAGGUCUGAAGAUAAUGAUUUAAUGAAUAAACAUAGUCCUGGUCAUCUUACAGUGUACACUAGCACUAUCCCUGGAAUUUCAAGAAUAGAAGAUAACUCAACUGGUAGAACAUCCAUUUCAAGCUCUGCAUCCUUUGCAAAGACAACAGAUAUCUCAGUGGGAAAUGCCUCCAAUAGCUCUACUCUUUUCUUUCCAAGGACUGACAUCAGUCAAGUAGUUAAUACUGAGGAAUCAUCCAACAUCACAACUGUUUUAAACACAUCUUAUAUUGGGGCUCUCUCUACUGUAACUAAGACAUUUUUACAUUCAGACUCAAUCACUCAUCCCAGCAGUUCUGAGUUGCUGUCAUGGACAGACUCUCCACUCCAUGAAGCAACUUCCUCUGUGAAUUCUAUACAAACUAUACCUGCAUCAUCUUUUCCUGAUACUUCUCCAUCAGAAGGACAAGGGCUCUUCUUUCCCUCUUCUGGGGAAACAACUGCAGAGGAGUUAAACGUAAACUUAGUUUCCUUUAAAACCUCAUUUCCAAGCUGGAGCAACAGUGAGCUAGCCAUUUCAAAGGACACCAGAACCUCACAAAAAUCUUAUAGUUCCACCAGAACUGAAGUAACCCCUGUGGACAUAACCAUGUCUGGACCUCAGGCCCAAUACACUGUAUCACCUGAGACUCUUUCAUCAAAUAGGACUGCCUCUUCCUUGUUGACAAUAACAACCAAGACUUCUUCUGCUUCCCCUCUAUUACCACAGAGCUCAAACUCCACUUCUUUUCCUAGGUCUUCAUUCCCCACUUCUGAAUUGCUUAAAACAACAGAUAUAUUGGGUAGAAGCUUGGAAACUGGAAUAAGUUUGCCUCCAAAUUUGAACAGCACAUCACUUAAAAUACUGGGUUUAUCUGAAGUUACUACUGAUACAGAAAAGCUGCAUUUUUCCUCAAGUUUCACAGUAACCAACAUGAAUACCAUUAGUAAGGAACAUGAACUAAGUUCCUCUGUGUCAAUACCCUCUGAGUCAUCUAGAGAUACCAAUACAAUGGGUACUCCUCCCUUUGUUUGGGUGACUACUAUGUCCACAUCAUUGCCUAACCAUUUAGAAAAAACAAGCUCUAAUACUGAUGAAUUUUCCCAUUUGACUUCUGGAUUGAGGGACACUAGCAUAUCCCUACAAACAAACAAACCUUCAGUUCCUGUGUCCACUCUCCAUUUGCCAAGUUCUGAGACUGAUAUUACUUCUGCUGUGAACAUAUCAACCCUAUAUCAGACUCCAUCUCCAGAGUUCACUGAACUUCCAGUAGAAACAGAUACCAUCUUAAAUCCUUCAUCUAUUGUAGAGUCUAUUGGGGUAACAUCCUUCCCAGAAUAUAAUUUUAUUAUGCCUUCACCAGAAAGUAUCCAUGUUCCAAGAACUGAUAUACUGCCUUCAGCUGAGACCACUUUGAUUGACACAACAGCAACACUUUCUCCCACAGAGGAGAUGGCUUUAAUUGCCACAACCAGCAACCCAACAGGCAGUUCAGCUGUGACUUUUAAGAGUCCUCAUUCUAUAAUACAGUCAAGCCACUUGUUUACCACCAUUGUAAAAAAACUGUCUUCUUCAAUUUCAACACCAUUGCCCUAUCGUGCUUCCACCUCCACUGACUCUACAGCCAGCUCAUCCCUCCAGAGGAUUACUACUCCUUCAGAAACAGAAGAUGGCAUGCAAUACCACACAGAUAUAUCUAAUGGAGCUGUCCAUGGAGACACUGGAGGCCUGGACAAGGAUCUUCUGGCUUCCACAUCACCUGCUAACCAUAAAGAUCUAGCAACGGAAGGGACAGUAAAAACAGAGACCACUGCUGGAGUUCUGAAGGCCACUUCCAUUUUCCCUUCAAAUACCAAAAUGUCGACUACAAUUUCAAGACCCUUGACUCACAUCAAGACAUCAGAGAAAACAACUAACAUCAACACAACAGAGAUGAUUAUCACAGCCUCAGAUGCUUCCCACAACCUCCUAGAGAUAGCACCAUCAUUUUCCACAGGCCUUAGAGAAAAUACUAACAUAGUUGCCAGGACAAGCCCAUCUUCUUACAGAAGAGAACCAGAAAUUACAGUCCCACAGAACCCCAGUAUUAAGACAAACACCACCCCAAAUGUUUAUACUUUGACAGUCCCCUCUGCUGAAUCUGAUACAAUCUCAUGGAUCACCCAUGCUUUAAAGAUUACUUCUGCUGUUGCCAAGACAACUAAAAAUGCUUCUCAAGUUGAAUCAGAUUCCAUGGUGUCCACAGCCACCAGUCCCAGAGGAGAAGACAGGUCAACCAUUUCAACAGUAGCUUUUUCCUCUGCCAUACCAGAUUUGGCAUCUAUUGAACAAGAAGGCAAAUUGUUUGGUCCAACUAUAGUCAUCUCAUCCAGUGCUCCUGAUAUGACAAACUUAGACGGCCACAGUUCUAAGGAAGAUACAAGAACAUCUAAACCAGUUCAGACUCAUUCACCUUCUGAGCCACAUAACACAAUUUCUCUUAUUUCUCAUGCUGGGGGAAAGACUGGUUCACCCAUGUCUACUAUUGAUGUCGCUCCACAUGUAACUGAAAUAAUGAGACCACUGUUCACUAGCUCUGGGAGAAGAGUCCAUACAAGAAACCCAACUAUUUCUCAAGGUCAAGCAGGGACAACCUCAUGGAUCACCCAUACUGGAACAGAAGCCACUUCAGGGAUGUUAACUACAACUAUCUCACCUAAUAUUCAAGAGAUGGUAACCUCAAAAUCUGCAAAUCCUACUCCUAAACUACAGACCACAACUUCAUUUAUAACAGAUGGUAAGGAACAGCCCAGUUUAGCCAUGUCUACUCUGGCUGUCUCUCUAGGUGUAAUAGAAGGAACCCCAUCACCAGUCAUUAACAUGGGCACAGAAAAGAAUACAAGGACUGCAACUCUAGAUUUUUUCCUAGAUCUACCAGAGUCCACAACCUCUUGGACCACUAACCGUGAAAAAGAAGCCAUUUCAGGCAUUCUACUUACAAACUAUUCACCUAGUGUUACAGACAGGAUGACCUCAAUAAACCUGAACCAUACUCCUUCUGAACCACAGAACAUAACACCAUUAGUUACUAAUUCUGUAAGACACAGUUUAAUCACAUCUACCAUAUCUGUUCAUCCAGAUAUAACAGAACUAAAACCAUCACAAGUCACUAGCUCAGGCACAGGAAGCCAUAUAAUGACUUCAAAUAUGGCUUUGUCACCAGGAAAACAUGAAACCAUAAACCAAUGGGUCACACAUCCUAGAAGAAAAGUAACUUCAGGGAUUCUAACUACAGCCAUCUCACCUAGUGUUACCAACAUGAUGACCUUAACAACUAUGAAACACUCUCCUUCUGAACCACAACCCAUAAAAUCAUUGGACACCAAUGCUGAGGGACAUCCCAGUACAUCCAUAUCUACACAGGCUGUCUCUUCAGGUGGAAGAGAAAUGAUGAUAUCACAGGCCACUAAUAAUGGAAAAGAGACACAUAUAACCACUUCAAAUCUGCCUGUUUCUGGAGGUGAAAUAGAGACCACAGCCUCAUUGGUGACUCAUGCUGAAAAAGAUGCAACUUCAGGGGUUUUACCUACCACCAUUAUUCCAAAAAUGAUGACAUCAACAAUACUUAUGUCUUCUGAACCACACACCACAGACUCAUUGGUUACCCAUAAUGGAGAACAACAUAGUUCAGACAUUUCUACGCUGCCUGCCUCCUCAGAUAUAACAAAAAUGAAACAAUCACUGGGAACUACCACAGACAAAGAAAGUCAGUCAAUCAUUACAACUCUAGCUGUUUCCUCAGAUGUACCAAAAACUAAAUCCAUAAACACUACAGCAAAUGUUCCAGACAUGAUGAUCUCAAUAUCUCAGAACCACACUUCUUCUAACGUAUAUCCCAUAUCAUCACUGGUUACCCAUGCUGGAUCACAGUCCAUUUUUCCUAUGUCUACUGAGGAAGCCUCUUCAAGUAUAACAAAAUUAACAGCAUCACUGUUCACAGAUGUGGGCACAGAAAAUGUUGCAAUAACUUCUCUGCCUACUUCAGGUCAAGAAAAAAGAGCCCCAUCAGUCACCAAAUCUGAAAAAGAAACUACUUCAGAGGUCUUACCUAUCAUCAUUUCAACUAGUGUUCAACAAAUGAUGUCCGCACCAACUGUUAUUCCUUCUGAACCACAUACCUCAGUUUCAUUUGACACCCAUGUUGGGGGGCAACCCAGUUCAGCCAUGUCAAUUCUACCAGCCAUUUCAAAUUCAACAAAAAUCAUACAAUUACUGGGCAUAAAAUCUGGCACAGAAAGCCAUUCAGUGACUUCUACUAUGGAUAUUUCCCAAGGUCAUUUGGAGACCACAACCUCAGGAGACACCCAUCCUGGAAGAGAAGGCAAUUCACUGACACUAUCUACAGUCAUCUCAACUAGUGCUCCAGACAUAAUGACCUCAAUAAAUGAGAAUCAAACUUCUUCUGAUACACAGACCAUAAAAUCAUUAAUCACCUUUACUGGGGAGGACCCCAGUUUAUCUGUGCCUACUUGGGGUGGCUCUCCAGGUAUAAUGAAAGUGACACCAUCAUUAUUCACUGACAUAGGCACAGAAGGCUAUGCAAUGACUUCAACUCUGCCUGUGUUUUCAGAUCAACCUGAUACUAGAACAACAUGGGACAAACAUUCUGAAACAGAAGUCACUACAGUGGUACUACCUACCACUAUUUCAACUACCAUACCAGAAAUUAUGACCUCAACAACUCCUAUUACUUCUGAACCACAUACUCCAGUUUCAUUAACCACCCAUGUUGGGAGAGCAACCAGUUUGGCUAUGUCUACACUGCCUGUCUCAGGAGCUAUAACAGAAAACAUUCCAUCAAAGGUAACUCACCCUAGCAAACAAGGGAAUAAAGUGACUUCAGCUCUAGAUGUUUCCUGGGAUCAAAUAGAAUCCACAGGUACAUGGGUCUCCCAUCAUGCAAAAGAAAGAACUUCAGAAGUUCUUUCUACAAACAUAUCAUCCAGUGUUCCAGGCAUGAUUAAUUCAAUAAAUAAGAAUAAAACAUCUUCUGAUACACAGACAAUAACAUCAUUAAUCACCCAUACUGGUGGACAGCCCAGUUUUUCUGGAUCUACUCAAGGUGACUCUUCAGCUAUAACAAAAGUGACUCAAUCAAUAUUAAAUGACUUGGGCACAAAAAGCUAUGCAGUGACUUCAACUCUGCCUUCUUCUUCACAUCAAUCAGAGACUAGAACCAGAUGGGUGACUCAUUCUAAAAUAGAAGCAAUGUCAGGAGUCCUAUCUACAACCAAUUCUUCUAGUGCACCAGAAAUGAUGACCUCACCAACUCCAAUUAUUUCUGAACCACAUACCACAAUUUCAUUAGUAAAUCAUGUUGGGGAAGAGCACAAUUCAGCCAUGUCUACCCCUACUGCCUCUCCAGGCAUAACAAACAUCAUACCUUCACAGCAAACUCACACUGGCACAGAAGUCCAUUCAGUGACUUCAGCUCUGGAUGUUUCUGCAGGUCAAGAAGAGUUAAUAACUGCAUUGAUAACCCAAUCAAAGAAAGAAGAGACCUCAGGGGUUCUUUCUACAGCAGUCUCACCUAGUGCUCCAGACAUGAUGACAUCAGCAACACCAAACAAUACUUCUCUUGAUAUACAGAUGAUAAUAUCAUUCAUCACACAUGCUGGGGGAAAGCCCAGUUUAUCUGUGUCCACUCAGGCCAUCUCUCCCAGGAUAACAGAAGUGACACCAUCACUAUUCACUGACUUAGGUACAAAAAGCUAUGCAAUGACUUUAACUAUGCCUGCUUCUUCAGGUCAAUCAGAGACUAGAAAAUCAUGGGGCACUAAUUCUGAAAUGGAAGCCACUUCUGAAGUUCUACCUACCACCAUUACAACCAAUGUUUCAGAAAUGAUUAUCUCAUCUACUAAUUUUCCUUCUGAACCACAUACUACAGUUUCAUUAGUAACCCAAGUUGGGGGAAAGUCCAGUUCAGCCAUGUCUAUUCUGCCUGCUUCUCCAGGUAGAACAGAAAUCAUACCACCACUGAUCACUCACCCUGGCACAGAAAUCUAUUCAGUGACUUCUACUCUGGAUAUUUCCAUAGGUGAAGCGGAACCCACAACCCCAGGAAGUAUCCACACUGGAAGAGAAGGCACUUCAGAGACUGUAUCUAGAAAUACCUCAACUAGUGUUCCAGAUAUGGUAACCUCAAUAACUGAGAGACACUCUGCUUCUGAUACACAGAUCAUGGAAUCAUUGGCUACUCACAGUGGAGGAAAGCCCAGUUUUUCUGUGUCUACUCAGCAUGUCACUCCAGAUAAAACAGAAGUAACACAAUCACUUUUUACCAACUUGGGCUAUGAAAGCAACACAGCAAUUCCUACUCUGCCUGUAUCCCCAGGUCAGCCAGAUACUCGAGCACCAUGGGUUAAUCAUCUAGGAAAAGAAGCCACUUCUGGAGUUCUAUCUACCACCAUUUCACCCCGUGUUUCAGAACUGAUGGCCUCACCAACUGUUAUUCCUUCAGAACCACAAAACACAGUUUCAUUACCAACCCAAGCUGGGAGACAAUCCAGUUCAGCCACGUAUAUUCUGCCUGCUUCUACAGAUAGAACAGAAACCAUACCAUCACUGAUCACUCACCCUGGCACAGAAACCCUUUCAAUGCCUUCUACUUUGGAUAUUUCCAGAAGUCAAACAGAACUCACAACACCUUGGGCCAUGAAUCCUCCUAGAAAAGGGACUUCAGAAGUUCUUUUAACAAAUAUCUCAAGUAGUGCUCCAGCCAUGAUAACUUCAAUAACUAAGAAUCAAACUUCUUCUGAAACACAAACCAUAACAUCAUUUAUCACCCAUGCUGAGGGACAGUCCAGUUUAUUUGUACCUAGGCAAGAUGUCUCUCCUGGCAAAGCAGAAGUGUUAACAACACUAUUCACUGACUUAGGUACAGAAAACUAUGCAAUAAAUUCAAGUCUGCUUGCUUCUUUGGGUCAACCAGAGACUAAGACACCAGAGGAUACAAAAUCUGAAAUGGAAGCCACUUCUGGGCCCUUAUCUACCACCAUUUCAUAUACUGUUCCAGAAAUGAUGACCUCACCAACAGUUAUUCCAUCAGAACCUCAUACUAUAUUUCCAUUAAUCACCCAUGAUGUGGGGCAACCCAGCUUAUCCAUGUCUACCCUGUCCGUCUCUCCAGGUAUAACAGAAAUUAUACCAUCACUGGUCACUAGAUCUGGGACAGAAAGCCAUUCAGUUCCUUCUACACUGGAUAUUGCCAUAGAUCAAACAGGAUCCACAAAACCAUCGGCUACCCAUACUGGAAGAGAAAACACUUCAGGGACUAUGUAUACAAUAAUCUCAACCAGUGCUCCAGACUUGAUGACUGCAAUAACUAAGAGUCAAACUUCUUCUGAUACACAGACCAUAACAUCAUCCAUCACCCAUUCUGGAGGACAGCCCAGUUCAUCUGUGUCUACUCAGGGUGCCUCUCCCAGGAUAACAGAAAUGGCACCAGUACAAUUGACUGACUUAAGUACAGAAAGCUAUGCAGUGACUUCAACAUUGCCUGCUUCUUCAGGUCAAACAGAAAAUAAGACACCAUUGGACACUAAUUCUAAAAUGGAAGCAACUUCUGGACCCUUAUCUACCACCAAUUCACCUGGUAUUCUAGAAAUAAUGACCUCUCCAACUUUUAUUCCUUCAGAAACACAUACUAAAGUUCCAUUAGUCACCCAUGUUCUGAGGCAACCCAGUUCAUCCAUGUCUACACUGCCUGCCUCUCAAGGUAAAACAGAAAGUAUGGCAUCACUGGUCACUAGCUCUUACACAGAAAGCCAUUCAGUGACUUCAACCUAUGAUACUUCUAUAGAUCAAGCAGAAUCCACAACCCCAUUGGCCACUCAUACGAGGAGAGAAAGCACUUCAGGGACUGUAUCUACAAUAAUCUCAACCAGUGCUCCAGACAUGAUGACUUCAAAAACUAAGAGUCAAACUUCUUCUGAUACACAGAUCAUAACUUCAUUCAUCACCCAUUCUGGAGGACAGCCCAGUUCAUCUGUGUCUACUCAGGACAUCUCUCCCAGCAUAACAGAAAUGGCACCAGUACAAUUCACUGACUUAGGAACAGAAAGUGAUCAAAUGACUUCAACUCUGCCUGCUUCUUCAAGUCAAGCAGAAACGAAGAUGCCAUGGGACACUAAUUCUGAAAUAGAAGCUACGUCUGGGCCCUUAUCUACCAACAUUUCAUCUGGUGUUCUAGAAAUGAUGACCUCACCAGCUCUUAUGCCUUCAGAACCACAUAGUACAGUUCAAUUGGUCACCCAUGCUGUGGGACAACCCAAUUCAUCAGUGUCUACCCUGCCUGUCUCUCCAGGUAUAAAAGAAAUUAUACCAACACUGGUCACUAGAUCUAGCACAGAAAGCUAUUCAGUUCCUUCUACAAUGGGUAUUACCAUAGAUCAAACAGGAUCCACAGCCCCAUUGGCUACCCAUAAUGGAAGAGAAAUCACUUCAGGGACUGUAUCUACAAUAAUUUCAAACAGUGCUCCAGACAUGAUGACUGCACUAACUAAGAGUCAAACUUCUUCUGAUACACAGACAAUAACAUCAUUCAUCACCCAUUCUGGAGGACAGCUCAUCUCAUCUGUGUCUACUCAGGGUGCCUCUCCCAGGAUGAUAGAAGUGACACCAUCACAAUUUACUGACUUAAGAACAGAAAGCUAUGUAGUGACUUCAAAUUUGUCUGUUUCUUCAGCUCAAGCAGAAACUAAGACACCAUGGCACACUAAUUUUGAAAUGGAAGUAACUUCUGGGCCAUUAUCUACAAGUAAUCCAUCUGGUGUUCCAGAAAAGAUGACCUCUCCAACUAUUAUUCCUUCAGAACCACAUACUAAAGUUCCAUUGGUCACCCAUGUUGUGAGGCAACCCACUUCAUCCAUGACUACACUGCCUGUCUCUCAAGGUAAAACAGAAAGUAUGCCACCACUGGCCACUAGCUCUGACGAAGACAGCCAUUCCAUGAUUUCUAGACAUGAUACUUCUAUAGAUCAAACAGGAUUCACAACAACAUUGGCCACUCAUACUGGAAUAGAAAGCACUUCGGGGAUUGUAUUUACAAGAAUCUCAACCAGUGCUCCAGACAUGAUGACUUCAAUAAUUAAGAGUCAAACUUCUUCUGAUACACAGACCAUAACAUCAUCCAUCACCCAUUCUGGAGGACAGCCCAUCUCAUCUGUGUCUACUCAGGGCAUCUCUCCCAGCAUAACAGAAGUGGCACCAGCACCAUUCACUGACUUAGAUACAGAAAGUGAUGCAAUGACUUCAACUCUGCCUGCUUCUUCAAGUCUAGCAGAAACUAAGACAGCAUGGGAAACUAAUUCUGAAAUGGAAGCCACUUCUGUGCCCUUAUCUAUUAACAUUUCAUCUGGUGUUCCAGAAAUUAUGACCGCUCCAAAUAUUAUUCCUUCAGAAUCACAUACUAAAGUUCCAUUAGUCACCCAUGUUGUGACACAACCCAGUUCAUCCAUGUCUAUACUGCCUGUAUCACAAGGUAAAACACAAAGUAUGCCAUCACUGGUCACUAACUUUUACACAGAAAGUCAUUCAGUGACUCCUACCCUUGAUACUUCUAUAAGUCAAGCAGGAUCCACAACCCAAUUGGUUACUCAUACUGGGAGAAAAAGCACUUCAGGGACUGUAUCUACAAUAAUCUCAACCAGUGCUCCAGACAUGAUGACUUCAAAAACUAAGAGUCAAACUUCUUCUGAUACACAGACCAUAACAUCAUUCAUCACCCAUUCUGGAGGACAGCCCAUCUCAUCUCUGUCUACUCAAGCCAUCUCCCCUAGCAUAACAGAAAUUACACCAUUACAAUUCACUGACUUAGGCACAGAAAGUGGUGCAAUGACUUCAAGUCUGCCUGCUUCUUCAAAUCAAGUAGAAACUAAGAAGCCAUGGGAUAUUAAUUCUGAAAUGGAAGCUACUUCUGGGCCCUUAUCUACCACCAAUUCACCUGGUAUUCUAGAAAUAAUGACCUCUCCAACUUUUAUUCCUUCAGAAACACAUGCUAAAGUUCCAUUAGUCACCCAUGUUCUGAGGCAACCCAGUACAUCCAUGUCUACACUGCUUGCCUCUCAAGGUAAAACAGAAAGUAUGCAAUCACUGGUCACUAGCUUUUACACAGAAAGCCAUUCAGUGACUUCAACCCACAAUACUUCUAUAGAUCACGCAGGAUCCACAACCCCUUUGGCCACUCACUCUGGGAGAGAAAGCACUUCAGGGACUGUAUCUACAAUAAUCUCAACCAGUGCUCCAGAAAUGAUGUCUGCAAUAACUAAGAGUCAAAUUUCUUCUGAUACACAGACCAUAACAUCAUUCAUCACCCAUUCUGGAGGACAGUCCAUCUCAUCUGUGUCUACUCAGGACAUCUCUCCCAGAAUAACAGAAGUGACACCAUUAGUAUUCACUGACUUAAGCACAGAAAGUGGUGCAAUGACUUCAACACUUCCUGCUUCUUCAAGUCAAACAGAAACUAAGAUGCCAUGGGACACUAAUUCUGAAAUAGAAGCUACUUCUGGGCCCUUAUCUACCAACUUUUCAUCUGGUGUUCCAGAAAUGAUGACCUCACCAGCUCUUAUGCCUUCAGAACCACAUAGUACAGUUUCAUUGGUCACCCAUGCUGUGGGACAACCCAAUUCAUCCAUUUCUACCUUUCCUGUCUCUCCAGGUAUAACAGAAAUUAUAACAUCACUGAUCAGUAGAUCUGGCACCGAAAGUCAUUCAGUUCCUUCUACACUGGAUAUCUCCAUAGAUCAAGCAGGAUUUGUGACCCCAUUGGCUACCCAUUCUGGAAGAGAAAACACUUCAGGGACUGUAUCUACAAUAAUCUCAACCAGUGCUAUAGACAUGACUUCAAUAACUAAGAGUCAAACUUCCUCUGAUACACAGCCCAUAACAUCAUCCAUCACCCAUUCUGAAGGACAGCUAGGCUCAUCUGUAUCUACUCUGGAUGUCUCCCCCAUGAUAACAGAAGUGACACCAUCACAAUUUACUUACUUAGGUACAGAAAGCUAUGCAGUGACUUCAACAUUGUCUGCUUCUUCAGGUCAAGCAGAAACUAAGAUACCAUGGCAAACUCCCAUCUCAUCUGUGUCUACUCAGGGCAUCUCUCCCAGCAUAACAGAAGUGACACCAUUAGUAUUCACUGACUUAGGUCCAGAAAGUGAUGCAAUGACUUCAACUCUGCCUGCUUCUUCAAGUCAAGCAGAAACUAAGACACCAUGGGACACUAAUUCUGAAAUGGAAGCCACUUUUGGGCCCUUAUCUACCAACAUUUCAUCUGGUCUUCCAGAAACUAUGACAUCUCCAACUGUUAUUCCUUCAGAACCACAUACUAAAAUUCCAUUAGUCACCCAUGUUCUGAGGCAACCCAGUUCAUCCAUGUCUAUACUGCCUGUCUCUCAAGGCAAAACAGAAAGUAUGUCAUCACUGGUCACUAGCUCUUACACAGAAAGCCAUUCAGUGACUUCAACCCAUGAUACUUCUAUAGAUCAAGCAGGAUUCACAACCCCUUUGGCCACUCCUUCUGGGAGUAAAAGCACUUCAGGGACUGUAUCUACAAUAACCUCAACCAGUGCUCCAAACAUGAUGACUUCAAAAACUAAGAGUCAAACUUCUUCUGAUACACAGACCAUAACAUCAUUCAUCACCCAUUCUGAAGGACAGCCCAUCUCAUCUAUGUCUACUCAGGCCAUCUCUCUCAGCAUAACAGAAAUGACAUCAUUACUAUUCACUAACUUAGGCCCAAAAAGUGGUGCAAUGAGUUCAACACUUCCUGCUUCUUCAAGUCAAGCAGAAACUAAAACACCAUGGGACACUAAUUCUGAAAUAGAAGCCACUUCUGUGCCCUUAUCUAUCAACAUUUCAUCUGGUACUCCCAAAAUGGUGACCACACCAGUUCUUAUGCCUUCAGAACCACAUAGUACAGUUCCAUUGACCAUAACAUCAUUCAUCACCCAUUCUGAAGGACAGCCCAUCUCAUCUACGUCUACUCAGGGCAUCUCUCCCAGCAUCACAGAAGUGACACCAUUAGUAUUCACUGACUUAGGCCCAGAAAGUGAUUUAGUGACUUCAACUCUGCCUGCUUCUUCAAGUCAAGCAGAAACUAAGACUCCAUGCGACACUAAUUCUGAAAUGGAAGCCACUUUUGGGCCCUUAUCUACCAACAUUUCAUCUGGUGUUCCAGAAAUGAUGACCUCUCCAACUGUUAUUCCUUCAGAACCACAUACUAAGGUUCCAUUAAUCACCCAUGUUGUGGGACAGCCCAGUUCAUCCAUGACUACACCAGCUCUUAUGCCUUCAGAACCACAUAGUACAGUUCCAUUGGUCAGCCAUGCUGUGGGACAACCCAACUCAUCUCUGUCUACCCUUCCUCUCUCUCCAGGUAUAACAGAAAUUAUACCAUCACUGGUCACUAGCUCUGGCAUAGAAAGCCAUUCAGUUCCUUCUACACUGGAUAUUUCCAUAGAUCAUGCAGGAUCUACAAUUCCAUCGGCUACCCAUACUGGAAGAGAAAACACUUCAGGGACUGUAUCUACAAUAAUUUCAACCAGUGCUCCAGACUUGAUGACUCCAAUAACUAAGAGUCAAACUUCUUCUGAUACACAGACAAUAACAUCAUUCAUCACCCAUUCGGGAGGACAGCCCAUCUCAUCUAUGUCUACUCAGGGUGUCUCUCCCAGGAUAACAGAAGUGACACCAUCACAAUUUACUGACUUAGGUACAGAAAGCUAUGCAGUGACUCCAACAUUGCCUGCUUCUUCAGGUCAAGCAGAAACUAACAUACCAUGGCACACUAAUUUUGAAAUGGAAGUUACUUCUGGGACCUCAUCAACCAGCAAUUCACCUACUUUUCCAGAAAAGAUGACCUCUCCAACUGUUAUUCCUUCAGAAACACAUACUAAAGUUCCAUUAGUCACCCAUAUUGUGGCGCAACCCAGUUCAUCCAUGUCUACACUGGCUGUCUCUCAAGGUAAAACAGAAAUUAUGCCACCACUGGCCACUAGCUCUGACGAAGAAAGCCAUUCAGUGCCUUCUACCCAUGAUACUUCUAUAGAUCAUGUAGGAUCCACAACCACAUUGGCCACUCAUACUGGGAGAGAAAGCACUUCAGGGACUGUAUCUACAAUAAUCUCAACCAGUGCUCCAGAAAUGAUGACUUCAAAAACUAAGAGUCAAAGUUCUGAUACACAGACCAUAACAUCAUCCAUCACCCAUUCUGGAGGACAGCCCAUCUCAUCUAUGUCUACUCAGGCCAUUUCUCCUAGCAUAACAGAAGUGACACCAUUAGUAUUCACUGACUUAAGCACAGAAAGUGGUGCAAUGACUUCAACACUUCCUGCUUCUUCAAGUCAAGCAGAAACUAAAAUGCCAUGGGACACUAAUUCUGAAAUGGAAGCCACUUCUGUGCCCUUCUCUAUCAACAUUUCAUCUGGUGUUCCAGAGAUGAUGACCUCACCAGCUCUUAUACCUUCAGAACCACAUAGUACAGUUCCAUUGGUUACCCAUGAUGUGGGACAACCCAAUUCAUCCGUGUCUACUGUGCCUGUCUCUCCAGGUAUAACAGAAAUUAUACCAUCUCUGGACACUAGUUCUGGCACACACAGCUAUUCAGUGACUUCUCAACUGGAUAUUUCCAUAGAUCAAGCUGGGUCCACAACCCCAUCGGCUACCCAUACUGGAAGAGAAAGUACUUCAGGGAUUCUAUCUGCAAUCAUUUCAACUAGUGCUCCAGACUUAAUGACCUCAAUACCUCUGAAAUAUUCUCCUUCUGAAGGACAGACCAUGGAAUCUUUGAAUACCCAUGGUGGAGAACAUCACACUUUAUUGCUGCCAAGUCCAAAUAGCAUUUCAGAUAUAACAGGAGUAAUGCCAGAGCUAUUUACAACCAUGAGUACUGAAAACUAUACAGUGGCUUCUAUUCUGUCUAUAUCCCUAGAUCAACAAGUGACUAGUGCACCAUGGGUCAACCAACCUGGAAAGGAAUCCCCUUCAGUGGUUCUACCUACCCCCAUUUCAACUAGUGUUCCAGAAGUGCUGACUUCACAAACUGUUAUUCCUUCUGAGCCUCAUACCUUAGAUUCAUUAGUCACUCAUUUUGGGGGACAGCUCAGUUCAUCCACAUCUAAUCUGGCUUUCUCUCCUGGUGUUACAGAAAUUACGUCAUUUGUUAACACUAGUUCUGGCACUGAAAGUCAUUCAGUGCCAUCAGUUCUGGCUGUUUCUCCAAGUCCAUUGGCCACCACAACCCCAUGGGUCACCCAACCUGGUAGAGAGGGCACUUCAGAGAUUUUUUCUCUAAACACCUCACCUACUGCUGUAGACAUAAUGACAUCAACAUAUAAGAUUCAUACUUCUGAAACACAGACCAUAUCAGGGGUCACCCAUGGUGAAGGACAACCAAGUUUAUCUGUGUCUACUCAGGGUAUCUCUCCAAGUAAAACAGAAGUGACACAAUCACUAUUCACUUACUUGGACACAGGGAACUAUUCAAUGGCUUCUACUCUGCCUGCUUCUUUAGGUCAAAUAGAGACAAGGGCCCCAUCCGUCACUAGUCCUGAAACAGAAGCCACUUCAGGGGUCCUAUCUACCACUAUUUCAACUAUUGUUUCAGAAAUUAUGACCUCAUCAACUCUUAGUCCACAUACCACAGUUUCAUUAGUCUCUCAUGUUGGGGAAGAACCCAGUUCAACCAUAUUUACUUUGCCUGCCUCUCCACGUGGAACAGAAAUCAUACCAUCACUAGUCACCCACCCUCCCACGACAAGCCAUUCACUAACUUCAACUCUGGAUAUUUCCCCAGGUCAAGAAGAAUCCACAGCUCCUUGGGUCAUCCACUCUGGGGAUGAAGGGUCAUCAGGGGUUCUUUCUUCAACCAUCUUAACUAGUGUUCCAGAUAUAAUGACAUCAAAAAAUCUAAACCAUUCUUCUAAUACACAGACCAUAACAUCUUUCAUCACCCACACUGAAGAACAGCCUAGUUUAUCUGUGUCUACUCAGGGUGUCUCUCCAGGUAUAACAGAAAUGAUGCCAUCACUAUUUACUGAGUUGGCCACUGAAAACUCUGCAAUGCCAUCAGCUCUGUCUGUUCCUUCAUUUCCACCUGGGAGUAGAAACCCAUCAGUCACCCAUCCUGAAACAGAAGUCACCUUAAGUGUUCUACCUACUAUCAUAUCAGCUAGUGUUCCAAAUAUGAUGUCAUCACCAACUUUUAAUACUCAUUCACCUACCACAAGUUCCAGACCCAUUGGGGAUAAGACCACAACUUCUGCCCUUCUGACUACAAGAAGAAUGUCCACAUUGUCCCCUGAUAAUGUGACUUCAAGGCCAACUACAAGUCCAUCUCUGGUACACUUCACCAUCAAUUUCACUAUAACCAACCUGCACCAUACAGAGAGCAUGGGAUCUCAAGGAUCUGAAAUAUUCAACAGCACAGAAAGGAUCUUGAAUAACAUGCUCAAGCCCAUGUUUAAGAAUAGCAGUAUUGGACAUCUUUAUUCUGGCUGCAGAUUGACCUCGCUGAGGCCUGAGAAAGAUGGAACAGCCACUGGAGUGGAUGCUGUUUGCACUCUCCACUCUGAACCCUUGGGCUUUCAGCUGGACAGAGAGAAGAUGUACUGGGAACUGAGCCAUAACACUCAGGGUGUCACCAAGCUAGGAUCCUUCACUUUAGAAAAGGACAGUCUAUAUAUCAAUGGUUUUACACAUUCAAGAACCUCUGCUUCCACUCUCAACACUCCAGUGACUUCCUCUCUGGUUUUCACUGAGACCUCCACUGCAAAACCUAUCCUCUCUACAGUGCCAGGCUCUCCUCUGGUGCCUUUCAUCGUCAACUUCACCAUCACUAACCUUAAGUAUGAGGAGGGCAUGAGUCACACUGGGUCCUGGAAGUUCAAUGCCACUGAGAGAAUCCUACAAAGACUGCUUUGGCCUUUGUUCAAUAAGACCAGUAUCAGCCUCCUGUAUUCUAACUGCAGACUGGCAUUACUCAGGCCAGAGAAAAAUGGAGCAGCCACAGGAGUAGAUGUCAUCUGCACUUACCAUGCUGACCCAACUGGACCUGGGCUGGACAAUGAAAGGGUAUUCUGGGAACUGAGCAACCUAACCAACAGUGUCACUCAGCUGGGUCCUUACACCUUAGAUAAGAACAGCCUUUACAUCAAUGGUUAUACACAUCAGAUCCUGUCUAUCCCAUCUACAACUACAAGCCCUUCUCUGGUACCCUUCACCCUCAAUUUCACUAUAACCAACCUGUACCAUACAGAGGGCAUGGGAUCUCAAGGAUCUGAAAUAUUCAACAGUACAGAGAGGAUCUUAAAUGGCCUACUCAAGCCCAUAUUCAAGCAUAGCAGUGUUGGACAUCUUUACUAUGGCUGCAGAUUGAUCUUGCUGAGGCCUGAGAAAGACGGAACAGCCACUGGCGUGGAUGCUGUUUGCACUCUCCAUUCUGAUCCCUUGGGCCUUCAGCUGGACAGAGAGAAAAUGUACUGGGAACUGAGCCAUAACACUCAGGGUGUCACCAAGCUAGGAUCCUUCACUUUAGAAAAGGACAGUCUGUACAUCAAUGGUUUUACACAUUCAAGAACCUCUGCUUCCACUCUCAACACUCCAGUGACUUCUUCUCUGUUUUCCACUGAGACCUCCACUGCAAAACUUAUCCUCUCUACAGUGCCAGGCUCUACUCUGGUGACUUUCACCAUCAACUUCACCAUCACUAACCUUAAGUAUGAGGAGGGCAUGAGUCACACUGGGUCCUGGAAGUUCAAUGCCACUGAGAGAAUCCUGCAAAGACUGCUUUGGCCUUUGUUCAAUAAGACCAGUAUCAGCCUCCUGUAUUCUAACUGCAGACUAGCAUUACUCAGGUCUGAGAAAAAUGGAGCAGCUACAGGAGUAGAUGCCAUCUGCACUCAUCAUGCUGACCCAACUGGACCUGGGCUGGACAAUGAACGGGUAUUCUGGGAAUUGAGCAACCUAACCAACAGUGUCACUCAGCUGGGUCCUUACACCUUAGAUAAGAACAGCCUUUACAUCAAUGGUUAUACACACCAGAUCCAGCCUAUCACAUCUCCAACAGCAGGACCUGUCCUGGAGCAUUUUACUAUCAACUUCACUAUCAUUAACUUGAAGUUUGAGGAGGACAUGGGUCUCCCUGGAUCCAGAAAGUUCAACAUCACUGAAAGAACCCUGCAGAGCCUGCUGAGGAUAUUGUUCAAAAAAUCUAGUGUUGGAGCCCUAUAUGCUGGCUGCAGAGUGUCCUUGCUCAGACCUGAAAAUGAUGGUGCAGGCACAGGAGUAGAUGCUGUCUGCACUCACUACCCUGAUUCCACUGGCCUUAGACUGGACAGAAAAGUGGUGUAUUGGGAGAUCAGCAGGCUGACCUAUGGUGUCAACAGAUUGGGCCCUUAUACUCUGGAUGAGAAAAGUCUCUAUGUCGAUGGUUACACACAUCAGGUUGUGGCUACUACCACUUGGAUGGCUACAACAACCAUUGCUUCUAUGGGGAUGAUACACAGCUCUCUCAGUCCUACAGCAGGUUCUGUGCCGAUUCCAUUUACCCUCAACUUCACUGUCACUAAUCUGGAGUAUGAGGAGGACAUGCAUCACCCUGGAUCCAGGAAGUUCAACACCACUGAGAGAAUCUUGAAGAAACUGCUCAGAGCAUUAUUCAGUAAAACCAGUAUCGGCCCCCUAUACUCUGGAUGCAGACUGAUCUUGCUCAGGCUUGAGUACAAUGGGACAGCCACAGGAGUAGAUGUCAUCUGCACCUACCUCCCCAACAUUUCUAAUCAAGAGCUAGACAGAGAGCGUGUAUACUGGGAGCUGAAAAAACUGAAUAUCAUGCAGCUAGGGCCCUACAUCCUGGACCAAAAUAGUCUCUAUGUCAAUGGUUAUACACAGAAGAUUCUGACCACCACCCACAAGCCUUCAGUGAUGGGCACUGUUUCUCAAGGAAUGCCAAACAUUUCUUCUACCCCAACAGCAGCCAGCCCUGUCCUGGUACCUUUCACCAUCAACUUUACCAUCACUAACCUGGAGUUUGAGAAGAAUAUGGGUCACCCUGGAUCCAGGAAGUUCAAUGUCACUGAAAGAACCCUACAAAGCCUGCUCAGGCCUUUGUUCAGCAAAACCAGUGUUGGUCAAUUGUAUUCUGGCUGCAGGCUAACCUUGCUCAGGCCAGAGAAAAAUAGGGCAGCCACAGGGGUGGAUGCCACUUGUACCUACCACCUAGACCCUGCUGGCCACAGGCUAGAAAGUGAACAGAUAUAUGAGGAGGUGAGGAAUCUGACCCAGAGUUUCACCCAGCUGGGCCCCUAUAUCCUGGACCAGAACAGUCUCUAUGUCAACGGUUACACAAACCAGAUCCUGACUACAACACCCAGAGCCUUGAGCUCUGCUCUGCUAAAGUGCACUCUUAACUUCACCAUCACUAACCUACCAUACAUGAGUGACAUGUGGGUCCCAGGAUCAGCCAAGUUCAAUAAAGUGGAGAAAAUCCUGAAGAUCCUGCUUAAACCUUUGUUCCAAAAUACCAGUGUUCACCUGCUGUAUUCUGGUUGCAGACUGACCUCACUCAGGCCAAAGAAGGAUGGAGAGGCCACCAGAGUAGACAUGGUCUGUACUUUCCACCCAAACUCCACAGGCACUGGUCUGGACCGAGAGCAAUUAUACUUGGAACUAGAACACCUCACCCACAACACUACUCAACUGGGUCCCUAUACCCUGGAACAGAAUAGUCUCUAUGUCAAUGGUUACACACACCAGACUUCAGUAACCAGUCCCAGCAACUCAUCCUUGGAGUUAUUUACCUUCAACUUCACCAUCACCAACCUACUGUACACGGAGGACAUGCAGCCUGCAGGAUCCAAGAAAUUUAGUACUGUAGAAAAGAUCCUGCAAGACCUGCUUGGGCCCUUGUUUAAGAAUACCAGUAUAGGCCCUUUGUACACUGGCUGCAGACUGACUUUGCUCAGUUCCAGGAAGGAUGGAAAAGCCACUAAAGUAGACACAGUUUGCACCUAUUAUGCUGACCACAUGGGUCCUGGGCUGGCCACAGAGCAACUCUACUUGGAACUGAGCAAGCUGACGCAUGGUGUCACUCUUCUGGGCCCCUACACUCUGGAUCAGGACAGUCUCUAUGUUAAUGUACCUAUGGCUACCACCUCCUUCUCAACUUCCUCUCUGGCUCCAUCCUCUACAAACAAUUCCACAGGCAAUGGUACUAUCAUAGUACCCAUUACUCUCAACUUCACCAUAACCAACUUGUACUACACAGAGGAGAUGGGACAUCCAGGUUCCUCAAAGUUCAACUCUACUAAGUGGAUCUUACAUUAUUGGCUUGGUACCCUGCUCAAUAAGACCAGCAUUGCUCCACUCUACUCUGGAUGCAGUUUGGCUUCACUCAGGUCUGACAAUCAUAGAGCAGCCACAGAAGUUGACAUCAUCUGUAAAUUCCACUCUUACUCCAUGAGUCCUGGAGUAAACCAAGAUCAGCUAUUUUGGGAGUUGAGCCAUGGGACCCAUGGCAUCACCCGUCUGGGCCCCUAUACCCUGGACCAGAACAGUCUCUACAUAAAUGGUUAUAGUUUUGGAGCUGCAGCACUAAAUGCCACCACUGGAGAACUCAGUGAGGAGUUGUUCACAGUGAACUUCACCAUCAACAACCUGCGCUACUCAGCUGAUAUGAGCCAGAUUGGCUCCCCCAAAUUCAAUAUCACAGAUACUCUCAUGCAGCACCUGCUUGGCCCUUUGUUUCAAAGGAGCAGUCUUGGCCCUCUAUAUACAGGCUGUAGAGUGGCCACUCUAAGGUCAGUGAAGAAUGGUGCCCAGACCCAAGUAGAUGUCCUUUGCACUUACCACCAGAUUUUCAACAGUCAGGGACUGCCUGCCAAGCCAAUUUUCCAUGACCUAAGCUGGCAGACUCAUGGAAUCACCAAGUUGGGUCCUUACUCCUUGGAUAAAGACAGCCUUUUCAUCAAUGGCUACAAUGAACCUGGUCCAGAUGUACCUCCUACAACUCCAGAGCCAGCCACCACUAUCUUGCCCUCCCCAACAACAUCUCUGCAGCCAGAGUCCACCACAGUUAUGUGGCACAAGCUGGAAACCUUCACAAUCAACUUCACCAUCUCCAAUCUCCCAUAUUCAGUAGACAUGAUCAGUGGCUCAGCCAUGUUCAACUCUACUGAGAAUGUCCUACAACACCUGCUUGGACCCUUGUUCAAAAAUGAUUCCUUCAACUCAAGUUGCAGACUGACCUCCCUCAGGCCUGAGAAGAAUGGAAUGUUCACAGGUGUGGUUACCACCUGCACCUACCAGCAUGAUCCUGCACAUCCUGGAAUGGACACACAGGGUCUGUACUCAGAAUUGAGCCAUCUGAGCCAUGGAGUCACCCAGCUGGGAAACUACACACUGGAGGAGCAUAGCCUCUAUGUGAAUGGUUAUCACAUUCUUGGUCCAGACAUACUUACUACAACUCCUGAGCCAAGCACCACCAUCCUUCCUUUUACACUGACAUCUGUGCAGCCAGAAUCCACCACAGCUAAAGGGAACCAUCUGAAGACCUUCACAAUCAACUUUACCAUCUCUGAUCUUCCAUAUUCAGUAGACAUGAAUGAUAGCUCAGCCAUGUUUAACUCUACUGAGAGUGUCCUACAGCACCUGCUUAGACCCUUGUUCCAGAAUAUCUCCUUCAACUCAAGCUGCAGACUAACCUCCCUAAGGCCUGAGAAGAAUCAAAGCUCAACUAGUGUGAACAUAAUUUGCUCCUACCAACAUGACUCUGCACAUCCUGGGCUGCACACACAGGAACUGUAUUCAGAGCUGAGCCAUCUGACCCAUGGAUUCACUCAACUGGGCAACUAUACAUUGGACAAAGAUAGUCUCUAUGUGAAUGGUUACAGUGAAACUGGUACAGAAGAACCAACCACAAAUCCUGAAACAGCCUCUAUUAUGCUGCCUUCUCCAACAAUACAUGUGCAAACAGAAUCCACAACAGCUGUUGGUCACCACUUGAAGACUGUGAUUGUCAGCUUCACCAUUUCCAAUCUUGCAUAUUCAGCACAUAUGAACAAUGGCUCAUCUGUGUUCAACUCCACUGAGACUGUUCUGAAGCACCUGCUUGAACCCUUGCUCCAGAAUGGUUCUUUGAACUCCAGUUGCAGACUGGGUUCCCUGAGGCCUGAAAAAAAUGGAACAGCUACUGCUGUAGAAGCCAUCUGUACCUAUUACCAUGAUGCUUCAAAUUCUGGGAUUGACACCCAGAGAUUGUACUCAGAGCUGAGCCAUCUUACUUAUGGAAUCAGCCAACUAGGCAACUAUACACUGGACAAAGAUAGUCUACAUGUCAAUGGUUAUAAUGAAUCUCAUCCAGAAGAACCUCCUACAACUCCUGAACCAGCCACCACUAUGCAACCUUCUCCAUCUACGUCUUUGCAGACAGAACCUACCACAGGUCACUAUCUAAAGAUUCUUACAAUCAACUUCACCAUAUCCAACCUUCCAUAUUCAUCAAAUAUGAGUAAUGGCUCAGCUAUGUUUAGCUCACCUGAAAGCAUUGUGAAGCACCUGCUUGGUCACUUGUUCCAGAAUGGCUCCUACAAUUCAAGUUGCAGACUGGAUUCCCUUAGGUCUAGGAAGAAUGGAACAGCCACUGGUGUGGAUGUCACCUGCACCUACCACCAUGACCCUGCACAUCCUGAGAUGGACAUCCAAUGGCUGUACUUAGAGAUUAACAAUCUAACUCAUGGAAUCACCCAGCUGGGCAACUACUCACUAGAGAAGGAUAGUCUAUAUAUCAAUGGUUUUAAAGAACAUGGUGUAGAAGAACUUUAUACAGCUCCUACAGAGUCAACUACCACCACCUUGCCUUCUUCAUCAACAUUUGUGAAGGGAGAACCCACAAUGGCUAUGGGGCAUUUGAAGACUUUCACACUCAAUUUCACCAUCUCCAACCUCCCAUACUCAGCAGACAUGAGUACUGGCUCAGCCACAUUCAAUUCCACUGAAAGGAUCUUACAACACCUGAUAAGACCCUUGGUCCAGAAUGAAUCCCUCUAUUCAAAUUGCAGACUGGCUUCCCUCAGGCCUAAGAAGAAUGGAACAGCCACUGGGGUGAAUGCUAUUUGCUCCUACCACCAUAACCCUGACCAUCCUGAGCUUGAUACGCAGGAGCUGUAUACAAAGCUGACCCAGCUGACCCAAGGACUCACCCAGCUGGGCAGCUACAUGUUGGACCAGAAUAGUAUCUAUGUCAAUGGUUAUACCCAUCAGACUGCAGGAACUACCUCUAGUGGCUAUGUGCCCCUGAAUAUAACCAUACAGGGCAAGUAUCAGCUGAACUUCCGCAUCAUCAACUGGAACCUUGACAACACAGACCCAACAUCUUCAGAAUAUAUCACCCUAGAAAGAGACAUCGAAGAUAAGGUCACCACACUCUACACAGGCAGCCAGCUAAAAGAAAUAUUCCAAUCUUGCCUGGUCACCAACAUGACGUCCGGCUCCACAGUGGUCACUAUUGAAGCAUUGUUCUCCUCUUAUCUGAACCCCAACCUUGUGAAGCAAGUCUUCUUGAAUAAGACACUGAAUGCCACCUCCUACUGGCUGGGUGGCACCUACCAGCUAACAGAUCUGCGUGUGAUAGACAUGAAGACAUCCACUCUUCAGCCAGCAGAAAUACCAACAACCAGUUCCAGUUCUCAGCAUUUCAACCUGAACUUCACCAUCACCAACCUACCCUAUUCCCAAGACAUAGCUCAGCCUGGAACCACCAAACACCAGCAAAACAAAAGAAGUAUUGAAUAUGCGCUCAAUCAGCUUUUCAGAAACAGCAGCAUCAAGAGUUACUUUUCUGACUGUCAAGUUUUAGCCUUCAGGUCUGUUUUCAAUAACAACCACACAGGGAUAGAUUCCCUAUGUAACUUCUCACCAUUGGCUCGGCAAGUGGACAGAAUUGUUAUCUAUGAAGAAUUUCUUCGAAUGACACAAAAUGGUACCCAGUUGCUGAACUUCACACUGGACAGGAAGAGUGUCUUUGUGGAUGGGUAUUCACAAAACAGAGAUGAUGAUGUGAUGAAGAAUUCUGGUCUUCCUUUCUGGGCUAUCAUUCUCAUCUGCUUGACGGUGCUACUGGUGCUCAUCACAUGCCUGAUGUGCUGUUUCCUGGUAACUGUCUGCAGGAGAAAAAAAGAGGGAGACUACCAAGUUCAACGUCGUCGCCUAGCUUAUUAUUUGUCUCACCUGGACCUGAGGAAGCUACAGUGACUCUACCUUCCAGUGAUGCCUCUUCCCUAGCAGGGUUCAAAGAAUAAAUAAACCACAUUGGCCAGA